UUUAGCUGCUGAUUAUUAUUCUUAUUUAUCCUUAUUAUUUAUUUUAUUUGUUUUUCUUCUUUAAAUACUUCUUUUCUUUCUUGUCUACCAGAAGACCUUGACUAGUCAUCAUGAAUCUUAUUUGUCUUGCACAUGCUCUGAGCUCUUCCAUUGCUGCUCAUUCUCAACACAGCUCACAGAGACGUGGCUUUCUGCACCAGUUGCUCUCAUCACAUUAGAUGGUCGGGAAGGUGGGCUGCUGAGAUGUAAUGAAUGGGUCUUCCUCCAGCACGCUUCAUGCCUCUCCUCCACGUGUGCACAGCCAGCUCAUGAAUGACUGCGACACAUCCCUGAACUCACUCUGCAUCUCAACUUUGAAGAACUGAUGGAUUUAAAGAGGGUGCUGUCCUUCCCUCCCUAUCCAGGAGACUACCUGCACCCAGUUGUUUAUGCAUGCACGGCAGUUAUGUUGCUCUGCCUGCUGAUAUCGAUAAUGACAUACAUUAUACACCACAGUGUAAUCCGAAUCAGCAAGAAAGGAUGGCACAUACUACUGAAUGUCCUCUUCCACACUGCCAUGACGUUUGGGGUGUUUGCAGGAGGCAUCAAUCAGAUCAAGUACCCAGUUGUCUGUCAAGUGGUUGGCAUCAUUUUGCACUACUCCUCUCUCUCCACCAUGCUUUGGCUGGUGCUCACUGCCAGGAAUACUUGUAGUGAAGUCUCCAAGGCUCCACCCCUUCCUCAGGACAGGGAUCCACCCACACAACCUCACCCCAAAUUCACCAUAUUCAGAUUUUAUCUGUUCAGUAGUGGGAUCCCCAUUGUCAUUGUUGGGGUCACAGCUGCCAUUAGCCUGGAUAACUAUGGGAGCAGAGAUGAUGCCCCUUAUUGUUGGAUGGCAUGGGAGCCCAGUCUGGGAGGCUUCUAUGGACCCACUGCAUUCCUGGUCCUGGUCAUGUGUAUGUAUUUCCUGUGCACAUUUGUGCAGUUGAAGCGGCACCCAGAACGUAAGUAUGAGCUGAAGGCCAUGACAGAGGAGCAGCAACGUCUGGCCACUGCAGAAAUCGGUCACUGCCAUGCUGCCAGUGGAGAACCUGGAGAACAGGGGGACCAUUCAGGUUGCACAGCCAUUACUGCCUCCAUGCUUGCCAAUGAGCACUCCUUCAAGGCUCAACUGCGGGCCACUGCUUUCACAGUCUUACUGUUCCUGGCCACGUGGGCCUUCGGGGCAUUGGCUGUGUCACAGGACCAUUAUCUGGACAUGAUAUUUAGCUGCUUAUAUGGGGCAUUCUCAGUCACACUGGGACUUUUUCUGCUUAUUCAGCACUGUGCUAAACGAGAUGAUGUGUGGCACCGCUGGUGGGCCUGCUGUCCUUCUAAACCAAAAUUGGAUGUGAAUGGAGAGGCAGCAGGAAGUACUGAAAUUAAAAGUCACCUUGAGGUAAAGCAACCUUAUGCAGGUAAACCUUUACUCUCCCCCCACCUUCUCCCAUCCUCACCCCACUGUAAUCCGAGCUCCCUGCCCACAGCUCAGAUCCCCAUGAACCAAUACUGCUCCACUUUGUAUAGCUCUUCUCCAGUGCUAGAAGGCUCAGCUCAUUCCCUGUCUCUCCCUGAUGAGUUACCCCGCCCCUCCCUGCCUCUGCAGAGCUGCCUGAAGGACAGGACUAAGUCACGCUCAUUCAGUCGGCCACGGCCCUGCCUCAGGGACUACACCUUACACAUGGCUUCGACCAGCUUGGAUGGAAGUGUGCACAGCUCCCACCUGGAUAGCCCUCACAGCAUGCACUUAGAAAAUCCCAUCACUUGUCAUACCUCACACUUGGAGAGCCGGCUCUCCUGCCAUAGCCCUCAUCUGGACAACCAGCUGCACUGCACCAGCCCUAGCAUCCACAUGGAAAGCCACAGAACACACCUGGACAGCCAGCUGCCUUGUCACGAGGGACACACCUGCCAUAGACACAUGUGCUGUGCCAAGGCAGAAUCUUUCUCUAGUGUCUGCUGUCCCAUAACAGACCCUUUUUCUGGUGCUUCCCAGGGAGAAGAUACCAGCACAGAUUCCCUGAUACACAGCGGCACCAAAAUGACCAAUAAAGAAGAGGACAUUAUGUUGCACUUGGAUAUCCCUCCUCCCCGGGCCACUGUGCCAAGCUCUCAGGCUACUAUCAGCAGGAAGGGCACUCUCAGCCAGAGAGGGAUGCUGAGCCACAAUAGCAGCCUGCAUGAGGACUAUGUGGUCAGCCCUGAUUCCACAGGUAACAUUAGGACAGGGCCAUGGAAAAAUGAAACCACUGUGUAGCCCUGAAUAAAUAUCCAGUUUCUUCCCUGAGUUAAACUACUACUAAACUACUGUGUAGUCCCAGGGCUGUAAUCCAAAGCACCUCUGAAUAAAACUACUGUGUAGUCCUUCCACUAUGACUUUCACCUGCACACUCCCCAAGCCUUCACAUAACCACUAAAUAAGACUUUGUGGAAUUGUUUAUUUGUUUAGGUUUCACACAACUGGCUAUUCACCAUCAAUACACCUGCGUGCAUCAUGUUUAUCUUUUUGUGCCACUUGAAAUAGUCCCAACAUACAUAAAUGUACAUUUAAGUGUUCUAGACUGAGGUUCCUAAUGACUUUAGUGUGAGUGAAUGUGUGUUUGAGUGCAUAUGUUCAUGUUCAUACCUACAUAUUUGUAUGUGGUAACAUGCAUUCUAGAGUCAGGAUAUCAGUUAAAAAAAAUUUAAGUGGUGCAAGGAGUGACUUUUUCAGCAUAAAUCACCCUGCACUAGGAGGUUAUGUGUGUGAUUAAAUAAAACUAACUGGGAACCUAUGGAGUAACUACAAAGUAAAUCAAGUCAAAAAUAAUUUUCAUGGGUCAGAUCAUGUUAGAUUUGCCAAAAUAUAAGACAAAUAUUGCACAACCUUGAGUGAACCUGACCAUCCUUGAUGAUGGAGUAAAUCUGACAGUUAUUGCUGAUGAAGAUGGUCAUGUAGCAACAAAAAUCAAUAUUAAGCAGCCUAAAAAGCAAAUAAUCAUAGUCUUCAGUAAGUUACCAUGGUGACAGAUAAAGAGAUGUACCAACCAGCAUGAGUUCUUAUAAAUUGCGCAUUGUUUUUUCUGCAAAUCAGCCCAAAUCCUUUGUGAUUUACAGAUUGAUCUGCUGUUUUAUGUGGCACUGAUUUUGUCAUGCAUAUUUAUUAAUAAUAGAAAUAAUAGUGUGUGUGGUGGACACAUUAGUUGUUAACAACCAUAAACCAAGCUGCUGAACAUCAGCAGUUAUUAGAUGCUUGAUUUGUCAGCCACCACAUUCCCAAAGACUUAAUUCCCCAUGUUUACUUCUUUAUUAUUUAUCAGUCUCAGCCCAACUGAUUUUGUCAAUCAACUGAGUACAGAAACUGACAUGAAGGAAGAUCUUGCCUGAAAUUAAUGCUUAAUGUGAGGCAUUAACUAAAAUAACAGUAACAUUAAAACUAUGAAAAAAAGUAUUUGUCACAAUCAUAGGGAAUAUGGCAGUAACCACAUUUCAGAGCUCAUAUCUAGUGUGGAAUUGCAAUCUGUCACACAAAAACCACCACAUUAAUUCUGUGAGAUAUUAUCUGGCUUCGGGUAUCUAAUAUGAAUUACAAUGAAAUCACAUGUCAGAGUUGAUUAUUUGGAACAGUCUAUCCACUGUUUUUGUCAUGUUGUGUUUCUCUGUGAGCUCAGGGAUCAUGUCUAAUUUUUUCACCAGUUAAGCCACAUAUACUGUAAAUGCAUGCGGUUACCUCCUACACCUUGUUUACCACAGAACGGGUCACUAAAAGCAAAGCAAAAAUAGGAAAAAAAACACUAUGUCUUAAUCUUACAUUUAAGUCUACAGAUUCAAUCAACAUGCCAUGUACAUUACUUUGAGUUCUGGAAAAGGAAAUGAAAUUUGUCCACCUGUAUUUUGAUCUGUCUGUCAAUCAGUAUGUACAUCGACAUUUUUUUGAUAGAACACAAAGUGCUGCAUUGCUGUUUGGACAAAACACGAUAUUUAUGUUGUGACCUAACUCAAAGUCGGCUGUUGAUUAUUUUAUACAUUUGCCACUUUUUCCAAUAAAUGUAUUUGAUCACCAUGUACAAAUUCCUCCAUUCUCUCUCUAGUGGUAUAUUUGUUCAAUUUGGGAGCCUUCAUACAAUUUGAUCUGAAGGUCAGAGUGUUCACCACAUUCAUGGCCCCUUUUUGGGGUUUGUGCUCAUAAUUGUUGUCUGUGCCUCAAACCCCAGCAUCAUGUAGGUUUGGACAGUUCCCUCUACACUGCAUCUCACCCCCUUUCAUGCCUUCUCUUGUCAAAGGCUGGUGCAAUAGGAAUCAUGAAAUAAGGGAAAAGUCCUUUACAGCAUUUAAAGCUUUCCAGCUCAAUUAAUAUUUAAUACUGAGUCCUUGCUCAGACACUUGCAGUAGCACCCCAUAAAACCCUGUUGUUUAACUGAAAACAUCUAAGUACUUUCUAGAUAAACCUAUAAUGGGUAUAGUUACUGCAAAUCAAUGACAAAAGGUGAGAGUAAGAGAUAAAGAGCUUUCAGAAUGUGGCUCUGAUAGCAGAAACAUAAAUCCACUCAAACUACACAACAAAUCUGCAUGGCUUUGUGAAGGGAAAGGGCUGAGUUCACUGAACUAGCGCUGGGUGGUGUCAUUAAAAUGUUCCACAGAGAUAAGGGCUUUCACUUCAUAUCAUAUCAGCAUGGCAGGGGCUGCUAAUGCUCCCCACUGCCAUCUGCUGUUCUGAGUCAACGCUGUUGUGACAAGCUUCAGGUCAAUUAUUUAUUUGUGUGACAGUUUCAGAAUGUGAACUGUUGGCUGGGUGCUACAUAGCAGCGUCUCUUUGUUUUUUGGACACUAUAACUCAGUUUUACCAAACUGAAUAUGAUCCUACUCUAUUAUCACCUACUCUAUUAUUAUGCCUGUCCAAAUAAAACCAACCAAACAGGCAAUAUAGCAAGUCACAUACUGUGGCAGCUAUUUGAAUUUCAAAGCCUGCUACAGUAACCUCACUCCACCUUUUAUUUAUUUAAAUCCUAUUUUUAUACAACAGAAAAGAAGCUAUUCAAACUCUAUGAUGCACUAUGAUGUAAAAAAAAAAAAAAAAAAUGAAACCAAGAUAAAUCAUAUUAGAGAUUUUUCCACCCUAUUGUGAUA